AUGUAUUUCUCUUUCGAAACCAUUCAAACCCUUGUGGUGGGAUUCAUAGUUAUCUAUGUUAUUCUUUGGAUUAGGAAGCCAAGAUUGAGUAAAAAUGAACCUCCAAUGAUUCCUUAUAAAAUUCCAAUAAUUGGCCAUACAAUUGAUUUUGUAUUUAAUGCCGAAACGUUUUUUUCUGAAUGCAGAAAACAAUACGGUGAUACUUUCAAUAUUUUCGUGUUCGGUCAGGUGAUUACUGUGGUUGGAAACAAAGCUCUUCGUGAAGUUUUUAAAGCCGGCGAUUCCUUUAAUUUGCAUGAAGCUAACAAAGAGAUGUUACCUGUGCAUCAUCUUUUACCGAGGGUAAAUGGAUUUAGUAACACAUCACAUCUUUCCAAAAUGGUGCGUGAAGAAGUUACUGCGAAAUUAUCUUUAUAUACAGGAAGACUACAAGAACAACUUAUGAUUGCUAUUAAUAAGGAAAUUGGGGAUUGUCCUAAUCCCAAAGUUAUUAUUAAUGGAAUGGAUUUUUUUUCAAAAAUUAUUGCUCGUCCGAUGGCUAAUAUGGUAGUUGGAGAGGAAAUAUCAAAACAUGAGGAUGUGGUCAACGUUUUUGCCAAUGUAGCCAAAAAAUUUGGAACAUUUUUUGCAUUACCUCCCUUUCUCUCAUUUAUUCAUCCAAAAAUCCAUCAACAAGUUCUUACCUUACCAAUUCGAUUUGGUUGGAAUCCUAUCAGAGAGGAUAUUAAUACUUUGAAGAAGUAUUUAGGACCUGAAAUAGAGAAAAGAUUAAAAGAUAAAGAAAUUCUUGGCGAUAAGUAUAAGCCACCUUUAGAUGUAAUUGAAUAUUAUUUGAAUGAACCUGGAUAUGGGACAACGGUUGUUACUGAUGAAUACUUAAGUUACAUCACUGAAGUUUUAAUGAUACUUGUUUUUGGCUCCGUUCACUCUACUUCUCGUCAAAUUGCUAGUGCUCUUUAUGAUUUUGCAGGAAGACCAGAACUAUGGGAUGAUCUUUAUGAGGAACAAGUAAAAAUUGAUAAAGAAUGCAAUGGAGAAUUAACACUUGAAUAUAUUGACAGAAUGGUGAAAUUAGAUAGUUUUAUCAGAGAAUCUAUAAGGUCUUUUGGUGAUAUUGCUGGCCUUAUGCACAGAUGCAUGGACGAUUCAUUUACAUUUAAAAAUAACACGACAAUUCCUAAAGAUCGUAUAGUCUACAUUUAUAUAAAUGAUAGUCAUUAUGACAAAGUAUAUGGACCAGAACCAAGGUCAUUCCUUCCUUAUUACGCUUUGGACAAUAAAAAACCUGCUUCAUCGGUUGAUAAAAAUUAUAUUGCAUUCGGUGCAGGGAAACAUGCUUGUCCUGGAAGAUUUCUUGCUGUUAAUGAAAUUAAAAUUUGUAUGCAUAAAUUAAUCUUGAAUUAUCAUCUUAAGAAGGAAAGUGGAAAAGUAGAUGAAAAAAAAUAUAUUGGACCAUUUGUUGUACUGCCAA